UUCGAAAUCAUCCAAUUUACGAUUUACAACAGAUUGUGAUCAAAAAUAAAUUAUCUGUAUAUCGUGUGUUGUCAAUUGUCAGAUUUGCAUUUGUCAGCAGUGUGAAGAGUGAAUAGAAAAUAAUUUAUAUUUUUAUUUUACAAAUUAACACGUAAUUGUAGUAUCCACAUUAGUUGAUAGAUAUUUCUUAAGAUUAUGGUAGUUUGCAUUCCACGUAUAGUGGAUUGUAUGGCAAAAUAUGUUUAUAUGUCGUGAAAAAUAAUUAAAUAGUUCAAAAUGUGGUCGUUUUUCUCUCGGGAUCCUACGAAAGACUUUCCUUACGAAGUAGGAGAUCCUGUGCCUGGAUUAGAAGAUAGAAGUGUGUGGACGUUACACAAAGGCAAGAAGAGAGGCACGCAGGAUGAAGUAUCAAUAUUUUUAUUCGAUGUUCAGAAGCAUUCUGAGACACUAUUCGACAUAGCCAAGGCCUCCCUAAAGAAACUAAAGACUAUGAGACACCCUAGCCUUUUACAUUAUUUAGAUAGCUGUGAAACUGAAAAAUUUUUAUAUGUAGCUACUGAGUAUGUAGAGCCUCUAGCCACGCACAUAGAAGAUUUAAAACUUGAGGGUCCCCAAAAGGAAUUAUUUCUUUCGUGGGGUAUUUUUCAAAUCACUAGAGCUUUAUCAUUUUUAAAUAAUGAUGGUAACAUGAGGCACAAUAAUGUGUGCCUCUACUCAGUCUUUGUCACCUUGGCGGGGGAGUGGAAGCUUGGGGGUUUUGAGUUUCUCUCUGCCCAAGGAGGUGCAGACACUAGCAACCCUAUACCUAUAAAAAUAUUGCCAGCUCUUGAAAUUUAUGAUCCUCCAGAGAAGAAAGAUCCUGUUAAAUUAAAAACAGUUACCAAAUGCUCUUCAGACAUGUGGGGCCUAGGAUGCCUAAUGUGGGAGGCAUAUAAUGGUCCGCUAAAGAACCAGCCCGCCCUGAAGACUACUGACAACAUUCCUAAGCAACUGUGCACUUUGUACUGUGAGCUGGUCAGUGCCAACCCUGCAUCUAGGCCAAACCCUGCUGAUAUUAUAACACGAUGUAGGAAAAUAGGAGGCUACUUCAAAAAUGAUUUGAUAGACUCUAUGCUGUUUCUGGAAGAGAUUCAGAUCAAGGAUAAGGCAGAGAAGGGAAAGUUUUUCGCCACCCUCAGCUCCCAUCUGGAUGGUUUCCCUGAAGCUGUGUGUGUUCACAAGAUCUUGCCGCAGUUGUUGACAGCAUUCCACUAUGGAGAUGCUGGGUCUUUCGUGUUAGCGCCCAUGUUUAAGCUGGGUAAACUGCUAGAUGAUGCUGAGUACCAGAAGCAGAUAGUGCCAUGUGUCAUCAAACUGUUUGCCUCCAACGACAGGACGACGCGGUCUCGACUGCUGCAGCAGCUGGAUCAGUUCAUCAUGCAUCUGCAGAACUCCACGGUGAACGACCAGAUAUUCCCGCAAGUGGUGCAUGGGUUCCUAGACACGAACCCUAUAAUCAGGGAGCAGACAGUCAAGUCCAUAGUCCACCUGUCUUCUAAGCUUAACUACAAUAACCUGAACGUGGAAGUUCUUCGCCAUUUCGCAAGGUUACAGGCUAAGGAUGACCAGGGCGGUAUACGAACCAAUACAACAGUCUGCCUAGGCAAGAUAGCUCAGCACUUACAUCCACAGAUUCGACAAAAGGUCCUAGUUUCAGCGUUUGUCCGCGCCACCCGCGACAACUUCCCGCCGGCCCGCCAAGCGGGGGUACUGGCAUUGGCGGCGACGCAACAAUACUUUUUACUGGCUGAGGUCGCUAACAGAGUACUGCCUGCUUUAUGCCCGCUCACUAACGAUCCGGAGAAACAAGUUCGUGAUGCAGCUUUCAGAACUAUAAAAGGAUUUCUGGGCAAAUUAGAAAAAGUCUCUGAGGACCCCAGUUUGAAGGAGGGAAUGGAAGCGGACGUGCACACGGCGACCCCCUCGCUGAGUAACGCUGCGGCGACAUGGGCCGGCUGGGCAGUCACCGCCGUCACCGCCAAGUUCUACCGCUCGCACUCCGACACGGCACGAGUGUCUCACCCCAAGUCCGUUCUGUCCAAGCCUGGGUCACUCGAGCAACCGUCAUCGAGCAGUAUGUCAACAACCACAUCGUCCGUAACCUCGAUGACGUCACUGGAACACAGUGAGUCGGCUUCCGACUAUGAUCCAGAUCAUUGGGACAUGGCGGCUUGGGGCGAGAUUGACUCUAGUGCAGGUACCGGCGCAAGCGCAAAGUCCCCGCCGAGCAGUGGCAGUGCGCAAGCGACGCCUGCGCUUGCCGCUCUCUGUGAGGACGACUGGGACAACGAGGAAUGGGGCGAGCUACAGGAACAACCUUGCGCAGAAGCAGAAUUAGCGAGCCCUUCGGAAACUUGGAACAACACUCAAUGGACGGAUCCUAUAUUCAACAACGCUAAUGCGACAUACGUUCGCGGUGGACGCUUGGAGCACAAACCCACUGCGCAUCAGAACAGUAACGAUUCCCUCGGAGGCUGGGAGGACAGCGAGUUCGAACCCAUCGAGGAAAAUGCUGACGAAAAUAACGCCUCAAAAAUGGACGAGAUGCGAAGAAAGAGAGAGGAGAGGAAACUUCAAAGGCAGAGAGAGAUGGAAGCUCGUCGCUCGGCUCGGGGUCAAGGACCGAUGAAACUUGGCACUAAGAUCACCACCGCGCCUCCGCCAUUUUAACGGACAAACACGGUGAAUUCCAAAUCUAAAUUUUAAAUCAAUUUUGAAAUCAUUUUUGAACGUCGUCUUGUGUGUGAGACUGGAUAGCUGGAAGCCCUAGCUUAAAUAGAAACCAGUGAAUUUGAAGGCAAUUAAUUAGCCUUUUUACUUACGUGUCUUGACAAGGGGACGGUAACGCAAGAAAUGUCGGUACUUUAGCCAGGCAAAGCAAGCUGUGAAAGCAUACAUCUUUGCAUCAAAUUAUAGUACUAGUUCUUACAAGUUGCCUCUCCUAUUUUUAGACAUUUACUGAAAAAUGUUGGUAUAUUAUGAAUUAAAACUCGAUCGAAUUCUGAUAUAAAAUGUCCAUUCAAACGAUGUAUCGAGUAACUCGAUUAUGUUAUUGGAAAAGUAUUUUCGAAUUUUAAUAUUUGAUUAAACUGGCACAAACUCUAAAAAAAUGCUUGCAGAUCUUUAUUAUUAUUU